AUGACAUCUGUCAGUGUUUAACCAGUUGUUGAAUUUGUCGCAAGCCUUUCUUUGCAAAAUGUUAAAACAGUGAUAAAAUAACUAUACUACAUUGAAUUAAAAUGCCACAAGGACGUAAGAAGACGCCGUUUAGUGGAAAGGCGAAAAAAGAACAAUUGAAGGCGAAGAAACAAAAAUCACAAUUCCAAGCCUCCCAUUCAAGAAGUAAUGUAUUGCUGAAACACAACAGUGAUGAAGAAUCCUCAGACAGCAGUCAUGUACAGAAACUAAACCAUCAGCCUAAUAAAGGCGGCAAAAAUGCCAAUCGCUACGCCCUUCAGUUUUAUAAAGAAACUCCGGAAGAGUUGAAGAAGAGUAGGGAACUAGCAAGACAUGAGCUCAAAAGUGUUGAUUCCAGCCAAUUAGUUAUUAACAUUGAUGAUUACUUCAUUCCUGAAUUAGACUUCCCAAAGAGGCCCAAAUGGUCAUAUGACAUAAGCAAGGAUGUGUUGGAAUCACAAGAGCAAAGAUAUUUCACUGAGUACCUGAAGGACUUGGAAGAGAAGGUUAGCUGGAAGGACCAGAGUUUCUUUGAGAUUAACUUGGAAACAUGGAGACAACUCUGGAGAGUACUAGAAAUGUCCGACAUUGUCUUAAUUGUUGUUGAUAUCAGAUAUCCUGCAUUGUUAUUUCCUCCUUAUCUUUAUGAAUAUGUGACUAAAACACUGGGCAAGCAUAUGAUAUUAGUUCUAAACAAAAUUGACUUAUGCCCAACACCUUUAGUGGCAGCCUGGAAGAACUACUUCAAAAGCAAGUAUCCAGAGUUGAGUGUCUUAAUGUUUACAACAUUACCAAUCUACAACUUAAUGAAGUGCCAAGAGAAUAAAGCUGGUUUGGUAAUCAGGAAAAGAAAAGGUAAAAUAAGGAUGGCAGCUGAGGGAACACAACUUUUGCUGGAUGCUUGCAAAAGUAUUGUUAAUGAUAGAGUAGAUUUGUCCAGUUGGGAGCAGAAAAUCAAGGAAGAGUGUCAUGAAGAUUUUCAAGAUUCUGAUCGAGUUGAAGUUGGCGAAACAAUUGAAAUCAAAAAGACUGAUGCUAGCUACUUUGAACAUGAAUUGUAUAAAGGAGGAAUAUUAACAAUUGGAUGCAUUGGUCAACCAAAUGUAGGCAAAUCAUCUUUACUGAAUGCCAUUAUGGGUAAAAAAGUCGUAAGUGUGUCAAGAACUCCAGGGCACACAAAAUACUUCCAGACAAUCUUUCUUACUAAGAAUGUUCGCCUUUGCGAUUGUCCCGGUUUAGUAUUUCCGUCGAAGGUACCAAAAGAGUUGCAAGUCCUGAUGGGUAGUUUCCCCAUCGCCCAAUUACGCGAACCGUACUCAUCAAUCAGAUAUAUCGCCGAACGUUUAGAUAUGCCUAAAUUAUUAUCCGUCAAUCAUCCGGAUGAUGAAGAAAGUUGGUCGCCUAUGGAUGUAUGUGAUGCCUGGGCGAAGAAACGUGGCUAUUUGACAGCUAAAUCUGGCAGAUUGGACACGUAUCGCGCUGCAAACAGCUUAUUAAGAAUGGCGCUGGAUGGGAAGAUUUGUCUAAACAUGCAUCCGCCUGGAUAUAAACCAGACGAAUGGGAAAACCAUCCUGAGACCGAGUUGGUGAGAUGGGUGAAAGCCAUCACGAAAGAUGAUCAAGGCACUUAUGUUUCUCCGACGUCCGAAGAUGAGCUGAGUCCAUGCUAUGACGACUCCGAACAAGUCGAAAGCAAUAAGGAAAGCGAAGGCGAUGAUGAUGAUGACGAAGAGGACGUACCUGCAGAGAAACCGCGUCGCGCGAAUAAAUUUGCUGCGUUGGAAGAAACCGAAUAAUCAUUCAAUUUAUUGUCACAUUUGUUCGAACGUUUGCAAGGUGUAGUUCUUCAUGUUUCGAUUAUACAGUAACAAAACUUAAAACUUA